GUUUUCAUUUUCUUCCCUCUAAAUUUGUUUGAAACUGGUAAAUAAUAAUAAAAAUACUAGAAUAGUGUUUCGAUAAACGAAACAUACGCGAUGGCAGCGAGAUUGAAACAUAUCGAAGUUGAGAACUUCAAGUCUUACAGAGGACACAAAGUGAUUGGACCGCUCAAGCCGUUCAAUGCUGUAAUCGGCCCCAAUGGCUCAGGCAAAUCUAAUUUCAUGGACGCAAUCAGCUUCGUCAUGGGUGAGCGUACCCAGAGUUUGAGAGUCAAGAGGCUGAGUGAUUUGAUCCAUGGUGCUGCAAUUAGCAGACCAGUUUCCAGAAGUGCCUCAGUUACUGCCGUUUUCUUGCUUGAUGAUGGAAAGGAGAUAUCUUUUCAGCGUUCUGUUCAAGGAUCAUCUUCAGAGUAUAGAAUAAAUGGAAAUGUAGUAUCCUCCAAUGAGUAUCUGUCAGAGUUGGAAAAACUGAAGAUAAAUGUGAAAGCUAAGAAUUUUUUAGUAUUCCAAGGUGCAGUUGAGUCUGUAGCUAUGAAAAAUCCAAAGGAAAUGACAGCACUUUUUGAAGAAAUCAGUGGUUCUGGUGCUUUGAAAGAAGAAUAUAUGAGACUCCAACAAGAAAUGCAAAAGGCACAAGAAGAAAUCAAUUUUGCCCUUCAGAAGAAGAAAGGCAUAAAUGCUGAGAAAAAGGAAGCUAGGCUUGAGAAGGAAGAAGCUGACAAGUAUGCCAAACUCAAAGAUGACUUGAAUGAUAAACUGGUGGACCUACAAUUGUUUAGACUGUUCCACAAUGAACGCCUAAUGAAGAAUCUAGAGCAAGAAAUGAGGUCUAAACAGAAGGAAGUGGACAAGAUUGAAAAGAAGAAAGAGAAGCUGGAAGAGACUCUCAAGGAAAAGAAAAAGGAACAUGGGAAAUACAACAGAGAGUUGGCUAAAAUUGAACAAGACAUUAGAGAAGUUGAGGUUGAAAUUGGAAAAAAGAAACCACAAUUCAUCAAGGCUAAAGAGAGGGUGUCCCACAUGCAAAAGAAGCUGGAUGGAGCUACAAAAACUCUGGAGCAAGCAAGAAAAGCUCAUGAGGCUCAUAUGAAUGACAUAAAAAAAUUGGAAGAUGAAUUGGCCAGUGUUGAGAAGAAAAGAGAGGAGUAUGAGAGUAAAAUUGCUGGGGAAUCUCAAAGUCAGGGAAAAGAUGUCCAUUUGGAAGAUGCCCAGGUGAGAGAGUACCAUAGGUUGAAGGAAGAGGCAGCCAAGAGAUCGGCUCGUUACAUGCAAGAAUUGGACUCGGUCAAUAGAGAACAAAAAUCUGAUCAGGAUCGUCUGGACAAUGUGUCCAGAAACAGGACGGACGCCGAAAAUAAGCACCGUCAAAAAAUGCACGAGAAAGAGGAGAUGGAAAAGAGAAUUGACAAGUUGGCAGAACACAUCAGGACGAGCGAGCAGGCGCUGCAAGACCAAAAACAGAUGCGCCAAGACCUCCAAUCGGACGUCGGUUCCUCGAAAGACCGGGUGCACGAGAUCCAGAGGCAGCUGGAGGACGUCGGCGAACAAUUGGGGGACGCCAGAACGGACAAGCACGAGGACGCCCGAAGGAGGAAGAAGCAGGAGAUCGUCGAACGGUUCAAGAGCAACUAUCCGGGAGUGUACGACCGCAUGAUCAACAUGUGCCAUCCGAUCCACAAGCGUUACAACGUUGCCAUCACCAAAAAUCUCGGUAAGUACAUGGACGCCAUCGUCGUCGAUACGGAACACACCGGCAGACAGUGCAUCAAGUACCUGAAGGAGCAGAUGCUCGAACCCGAAACGUUUCUGCCGCUCGACUAUCUGCAGACCAAGCCGGUGAAGGAAAGGCUCAGGAAUAUCACUGAUCCCAAGGGCGUCAAGCUAAUCUACGACGUACUGCAAUUCGAUCCGCCCGCCAUCGCUAAAGCCGUUAUGUUCGCUACCAACAACGCGCUAGUGUGUGAAUCCCCCGAGGAUGCCAUGAAGGUGGCUUACGAGCUGGGAGGCCGAUUGGACGCCGUCGCUUUAGAUGGAACCUACUACCAAAAGUCCGGGAUAAUUUCCGGGGGCAGCUUGGAUCUGGCUAGGAAGGCGAAACGGUGGGACGAGAAACACAUGGCUCAGUUGAAGGCCCAAAAGGAAAAACUCACUGAGGAACUGCGAGAAUCUAUGAAAAAGUCCCGCAAAGAAUCGGAGCUGAACACUGUCGAUUCUCAAAUCCGUGGCUUGGAGACCAGAUUGCGGUACGCCAAAACCGAUAUGGAGAGCACGACAAAACAAAUCAGCAUCGUGGACAGAGAGCUGGCUCACCUCGACGAAGAAAUGAAAAAGUACGGGCCCCAAUUGGAGACCAUAGAAAAGAGCAUGCAGACCCGAGAGCAGCAGAUUGAAGAGAUCAAACUGAAGAUGAACAGCGUGGAGGACGUGGUGUUUUCCGAUUUCUGCAGAGAAAUCGGCGUGAAGAAUAUCAGACAGUACGAAGACAGAGAACUGCGAGCCCAAGAGGAGAGGAAGAAGAAAAGAUUGGAGUAUGAAAAGCAGAUCAACAGAAUUUCCAGUAAUUUGGACUUCGAGAGGAGCAGAGACACGCAAAACAAUGUGAGCCGUUGGGAGCGCACCGUGAACGACGAAGAGGAAAAACUAGAGACGUGCAAAAAGCAGGAGGCGAAACAACGGGACGAGAUCGACAAGGACGCGCAGCAGGUGGAACAGUUGAAGGCGACGCGGCUGCACAAGAAACAGGAGGUGGAGGCGGCUGAGGAGGAGGUGGGGAAGGCGAGGCGGGAGGUGGGGACGGUGGCGAAGGACGUGCAGGCCGCCCAGAAGGCGGUCAUGUCCUUGGAGGGGAAGAUCGAGAGCAAGAAGAGCGAAAGGCAUACGUUGCUGAUGCAGUGCAAGAUGGACGAUGUUGCAAUACCAAUGAUUGUGGGUAACAUGGAGGACAUUUCAGCUGCUGAUCCUUCUCAAUCUUCUUCGGGCGGUGAUACCAACAGCACCGUUCAGCAAUACGAAAAGGAAGCUAGGAUCAAGAUCGACUACAGCAGCCUGUCCGACAAUCACAAGGACCUCGAGGAGAAGGACGAGAUCAAGCGGAUGGGCGACAAGAUGCACAAGUCCAUCCAGCACCUGCAAGACACCCUCACCAAGAUCCAGGCGCCCAACAUGAAGGCCAUCGAGAAGCUGCAGCUGGCCUGCGGCAAGCUGCAGUCCACCAACGAGGAGUUCGAGAGCCUGCGCAAACAGAACAAGAAGGCCAAGGCGGCCUUCGAGAGAAUAAAGCAGCAACGGUAUGAGAGGUUCACUAGAUGUUUUGAUCACGUGUCAAAUGAGAUUGAUAACAUCUAUAAGGCUUUGGCGCAAAAUCAGUCUGCACAGGCUUUCUUGGGGGCUGAAAACCCUGAGGAGCCCUAUUUGGACGGCAUAAACUACAAUUGCGUGGCGCCCGGCAAACGUUUCCAGCCCAUGUCGAAUCUAUCGGGUGGCGAGAAAACCGUCGCAGCCCUGGCGCUCCUCUUCGCCAUACACAGCUACCAGCCGGCCCCGUUUUUCGUUCUGGACGAGGUGGACGCUGCCUUAGACAAUACGAAUAUCGGCAAGGUGGCCAAAUAUAUUCGAGAGAAGACCGAAUCGCUACAGACCAUUGUGAUUUCGUUGAAGGAGGAGUUUUAUUCGCAUGCUGAUGCGCUGAUCGGGAUUUGUCCGGAGAUUAAGCCUGCUGAUUGCCUGAUAAGCCAAGUACUCUCCUUCGAUUUGACGAAAUAUGAAUAAUUCUGACCUAUCC